UGCCGAGCGCGCCGGUGAGCGAGCACCGCGCGUGCCCGCGCCUGGCCGUCAGCCUCCCGAAGCUCGGCAGGGCGGCGCUCGUGUCCCGCCGCCUGCGGCUCGCGCCCGGGAGCGCCGCCGGGUGCCCGGGAGCCCGCCGCAUCCUUUGUGCGGCGCUCAGGCUGCGCCCGCGGGUGCUGCUCGCCGGGCGGAAUGUGGGAGCUGCGGGGGCUCUUCUCUCUAGUCUGCGGACCCAUGGAUCCGACGGGGGGCACGGACUGAGCCGGGGAGGGCGAGCAGGAAAGCAGAGCUGCCCUCCCGGGGGGGAACAUCAUGACUUCGGCGGCGGACAUUAAGAAGCCACCAGUGGCCCCCAAGCCAAAGUUUGUGGUGGUAAAUAACAAACCAACACCACCUCCUAUUGCUCCUAAACCCGAUGUUGUGGUUUCUAGUGUUCCACAGUCAACAAAGAAAACCAAACCAGCAAUAGCUCCGAAACCAAAAGUUCUGAAAGGCUCACCUGUCCGAGACAUCAGGCAGUCUCCAACAAGGAAAACCACUGUGAACCUGGAAGAGCAUAAACAGGAAUUACCUGAAAGCAACAACAAGGCCAAUUGCAAAAAUGUAGGUCAUCAGAGCAAUGAUUAUAUUUCACCCAUGUGUUCCUGCAGUUCUGAGUGUAUCCAUAAACUUGGAAACAGAGAGCAUUUGUAUGUAAAGCAGCUAGUCCUAGAGCCACUGGAAAUACGUGACCAUUUAGAAAACAGUAAACCCGAUGAACCCUCUUUAGCAAUAAAAACUACAAGUAAAUGUGACUCUAAUGGUCAGAAGGUCAAGAGCCAGAGUGGAGUAGUUUUAAAGGUAGAAGAGAAACUGAAAGAUGUCUUAACCCAACCAUCAUCACCUUUGAUUUUCCCACAGAAGUGCAGAUCCACAGGCAAACCUGAACUGAAUGAUGACUGUCAUUCUGACAGACAACUCAGAGUUGAAUUUGUGGAUUUGUCACCAUCCCCAUCCAGCCUUGAAAAAGUUCCGGAUUAUCAGCUUUGCCACCUACAAGUUCCUCAUGAUGAAUUUCAAAACUUUGAAACAUGUCACAAGGGCAGUGAAAAAAGCAAUGCUUGUGUUCACCCAUCUGAACAAAAGGUUCUGGAAAACAGCAAGAGGAGCACGUUUUCAUCACCAGAUGGAGUUAGUAAGAAAUCUGAAGUCAAAGACCUUGGUCCCUUAGAACUUCACUUAGUACCUUGUACCCCUAGAUUUCCAACUCCCAAGCCUAGAAAGACUCGAGCUGCUCGUCUAGUACGCCAGAAGUACGUGGAUUCUCAAAGUGAAAGUCUGGAAGAACCAGAGCAUUUAGAUAAUAGCCCUUCUAGUCCUUCUGAAGAAAGUCUGAAAAACCACAAAAUCAGUUUUCUUCAUCAGAAUAUGUUAUGUAACCAGGAACAGGUAGACAAAGUGAAACCAGGAAGUAAAAGUGAACUAAAUUUGGAUUCCACUUGUGCCCCACAAAAUGUAGUCCAUUUACAGAAAGCCCCGUGUCAUGAAACAUCUUCCCUUGAGAAAGGGGCACCUCCUAUAAAUACAGACUCUCAUUUGAAUUCUGACAGCAAGACGGGAGAUAGUUCUAAUUUGUCACUUGAGGUGGAUGAAGGGAUCAAUUUUAAACGGUGCAGUAUUUUAUCUAUGAGCCUUCCCAAGCAGCUUAAAUUAAGUUGCAAUGAACGUUUACCUACUGCCUGUAACCCAGGAGUGUCUAGUCCUCAAAUACAAAAGGAAUCUAAAAUAAAAGAUGAAGCUUCCUCAAAAGUUGUUCCCAAAAAACCUCAAAGACACAGUUUGCCUUCUGCAGGGGUGCUUAAAAAGGCCGCAUCAGAGGAGCUUGUGGAGAAAAGUUCUUAUCCCUCAAAUGAAGAAAAAACAUCAGGGAGGAUUCUAGAAAGAAAUCACCUUCGGCAUUUGUGUGCCCAGAACCAUGGUAUGUCAUCCUCCUUUGACAUGCCUAAACGGACUUCAGAAAAGCCAGUGUGGAAAUUACCUCAUCCUAUUUUACCUUUUUUAGGGAACCCAGAAUCCUUAAAGUCUGUAGCUGUCUCCUCAGAUGGUGGACCUUCAGCUGCCCUGACCAAGCCUCGAGCAAAGUCAUUAUCUGCUGUGGAUGUAGAAAGGUGCACCAAACCAAUCAAAGACUCUCCAAAGAAAAACUCUUUGAAGAAGUUGCUCAAUAUGAAACUGUCCAUCUGUUUCAUGAAGAGCGACUUCCAGAAAUUUUGGUCCAGGGGCAGCCAACUUGGGGAUAUGACUGCAGGCAGCUUCUCAGGUGCAGAGAGAAAAGGAACAGAGAGUGAUUGGCAUAACCUGCUAGUAGGAGUGGAGAAGAGAAGCAAACCCACCAAGGCAUAUUCUGCAGAUAAUUACAGCAUGGAAUCCCAAAAGAAGAGGAAAAAGUGUCGGGUCCAGACCAGUGCAACUCAUGGACCAAGAGCAGAGUCUUUAGAUGACCAAGUGCUUUCCAGGGAAUCUUCAUCUCAGGGGUCUUGCACACCUAUUAUAAGCGGCUCUGCCCCUGAGUAUGAAAAUAUACGUCACUACGAGGAAAUACCAGAGUAUGAAAACUUGCCCUUUAUUAAAACUCUGGAAUUUGAAUGGCAGAAUUCCAGUAGCGUAGAGGAUGCUGAUGCAAAUGUGUACGAGAUAGAAGAGCCAUACGAAGCUCCAGAUGGCCUUGGACCCAAACAUCCACAUUCCAGCUGUUCUGGUGCAUCCCAGGAGAGGCAGAAUGAUAUGGACCUUGGUCUUGGUGACCUUCCUUCCGAUGAGGAGGAAGUCCUCAGCAGUUCUGAUGAAGACGAUGCCAGUUCUGGGUCCAGCAAAGGGGAGCCUGACGUGCUGGGAGAGAAACCGGGUGAAGAUACAGGAGUGAAGAGUAAAGUUCAUCAUAUUGCGAAGGAGAUCAUGAGUUCAGAAAAAGUGUUUGUGGAUGUGUUAAAACUUCUGCAUAUUGAUUUCCGGGAUGCAGUGGCCCAUGCUUCCAGACAACUUGGCAAACCCGUAAUUGAGGACCGGGUUCUAAAUCAGAUCCUAUACUACUUGCCACAACUCUAUGAGCUCAACAGGGAUCUCCUGAAGGAACUGGAGGAAAGAAUGUCCCACUGGACCGAACAACAAAGAAUUGCUGACAUCUUUGUGAAGAAGGGACCAUAUCUCAAAAUGUAUUCUACAUACAUCAAAGAAUUCGAUAAGAAUAUAGCUCUGCUGGAUGAACAGUGCAAGAAAAACCCAGGCUUUGCUGCUGUCGUUAGAGAAUUUGAGAUGAGCCCCCGCUGUGCUAAUCUGGCCCUCAAGCACUACCUGCUCAAACCCGUCCAGAGGAUCCCCCAGUACAGACUGCUGCUGACAGAUUAUUUGAAAAAUCUGUUAGAAGACUCUGGAGAUUACAGGGACACUCAAGGGGCUCUUGCUGUUGUUAUAGAAGUAGCCAACCACGCCAAUGACACCAUGAAGCAAGGGGACAACUUUCAGAAACUUAUGCAAAUUCAGUACAGUUUGAAUGGACACCAUGAAAUAGUACAGCCAGGACGGAUUUUUCUCAAAGAAGGAACUCUGAUGAAGCUCUCUCGGAAAGACAUGCAGCCUCGAAUGUUUUUCUUGUUCAACGAUGCUCUGUUGUAUACAACACCAGUACAGUCGGGGAUGUAUAAACUCAACAACAUGCUCUCAUUGGCAGGAAUGAAGGUCAGAAAACCCACUCAAGAAGCAUAUCAGAAUGAACUCAAGAUCGAAAGUGUGGAGCGUUCCUUUAUCCUAUCUGCCAGUUCUGCCUCGGAAAGAGAUGAAUGGCUCGAAGCAAUUUCCAGGUCAAUAGAAGAAUAUGCCAAGAAAAAAACCACCUUCUGUCCCACUCGGAGUCUUGAUGAGGCUGACGCAGAAAAUAAAGAGGAAGUUAGUCCUCUUGGAUCAAAGGCUCCCAUCUGGAUUCCUGAUACCCGAGUGACAAUGUGUAUGAUCUGCACAAGUGAAUUUACGCUGACCUGGAGAAGGCAUCACUGCCGGGCCUGCGGAAAGAUUGUAUGCCAAGCUUGUUCAUCAAAUAAGUGUGGCUUAGAUUACCUGAAAAAUCAACCAGCAAGAGUAUGUGAACAUUGUUUCCAGGAACUACAAAAACUAGAUCACCAGCACUCUCCUAAGAUCGGAUCUCCUGGAAAUCACAAAUCACCUUCCAGUGCCUUAUCAUCAGUCUUACACAGCAUUCCAUCAGGGAGGAAACAGAAAAAAAUCCCCGCUGCUCUCAAAGAAGUAUCAGCAAAUACAGAAGAUUCUUCUAUGAGUGGUUACCUGUACAGAGCAAAGGGCAAUAAAAAACCAUGGAAACAUUUGUGGUUUGUCAUAAAAAAUAAAGUACUGUAUACAUAUGCUGCCAGUGAGGAUGUGGCAGCUUUGGAGAGUCAGCCUUUGUUAGGAUUCACUGUCACUCAGGUUAAAGAUGAGAAUUCGGAGCCUAGAGUAUUCCAGUUACUGCAUAAAAACAUGCUAUUUUAUGUAUUCAAAGCAGAUGAUGCUCACUCGGCUCAAAAGUGGAUAGAAGCAUUUCAAGAAGGCACAGUAUUGUAGCAGUAUUGGUUUCAUCACUUCUAUGACUUUAAAAAGGUGAAUUUCAUCAGAACAGCAUAAAUGCAGUACAGAAAUUUUACAGAAAAUGAACACUGCCAAGAUAAAUUCAUCAGAAAUCUUCACCAAUUUUAAGAAAUUAUUUUGUUAGGUAUAAGGUAAUUUUUUAAUGUUUGUUUUUUCAUGUAUGUUAUUUAUUAAAAUUUGUUUACUUAAUGGUCAGAAUUAUUUCCCAGACUCACACUGAAUUCUAAAGCUGCCUCUCUUUAGAGAUCAGACUGUAUUAACUGCCUUGACACCGGCUACACUGUUUUCCCAAUGUGUUUUACAGUCUUAUACUAUAACAUUCUCACUAGAAAUACACCUUUGUAAAUUAAAAAAAAAAAAAUCAAAGAACAUUCCCAUGCAGUGUUUUCAUGCAGUUCUUGGUUUAGAAAUUAUUAUUGUAAAACUGCUGAUGAAAAAAAUGCAUGUUUUGAAUCAAUAAACUUAGAUGACUUUUUCUUUAAAUGGAAGAACACUUGGCCAAUUUCUACCUCAGUAACUGUGAAAUGAAAUUCUGGUAAACUUUCUAAACCUUUUCUACUGUUAUUUAUCUCUUUUGCCAUGAAAUCCUGUUAGAUUCAUUAGGAAAUUACAAUAAUGGGAUAAAAUCUGAAUUUUGAUUUAAGUGAUUUCAGAGUAGGAGAGAGGAUGUUUUCAUUUGCAGAGCAAUACGAAUAAUCAAUGUUAUGACCUUUGCAUUAUCUUUUUUCUUAAAAUUACCAUUUCAACACAGUAUAUUUUCUUAGAAGCAAAACACGGAAAGCAUUAUUACAUUACAUAAUACUCUUAAGGGUUCUGAGCCCAAGUUAGAUUGGUACUUGUCUCUAAAAAUGUUACAUUUUUCUAUUAUACUGUGCUUUAAAAAAUAAACUGGAGGGGCUGGAAAGAUAGUACUGAAAGCAAGACAUUGCCUUGUAUAUGACUGAGAUCCUGGUUUG